GCUACCAGCUGUUACGUUUUGGAUUCUUGCACUUGCUGUUUUAUAUCAACCACCACUUCAACCGACAUCACGACAAAACACCAUGCCUAGCGAGAGCACACCGCUCCUAGUCAGCCUACCGCCCAACUCGACCACCCGCAAGCGAAGCGCCAUGUUCUGGACCCUCGGCUGUAUCUACGGCGCAUCCGCCGUCUGCUUCGGAGCCUUCGGAGCCCACGGUUUGAAGAAGACCAUCUCCGAUCCGGCGCGGAUCGCCAACUUUGCUACCGCCGCGCACUAUCAGUUAAUCCACUCCGUCGCCCUGCUCUUCGCCGCGCAGAACCAGAAUCCGAUUUCGGGCGUCCUGUUCACGUCCGGCAUGACCAUGUUCAGCGGCAGCUUGUACGCUCUCGUGUUAGAUCCGGCGCGCUUCCGAUUCCUCGGUCCGGUUACGCCUCUUGGUGGACUGUGCUUGAUCGCUGGUUGGGCUGCGCUCGCCUUUUAACUUGGUCUUAGUUCCAGUCUUACGAAGAGUGAUGGGUCUGGGAAGCUUACGCAUUCGUACUUAGGCUUUCAGUACCUACUAUGUCCUGCAUUAUUAAAGAUUUGGCAAGGGUAGGCGAUCUUGUCAUACGUAACUGUCACUAUAGAUGAGAACAUUGUCACUCCACGAAAUUAGACCGAUUUGUAACAUAUCGCGCAUCUUCAAUUCAACGUAUCAGCACCUAAUUCUAACGCAAGUCACUGUUACCAAACCACUAAUAAUUCAAACCGAGCCGCAUAGGAUAAGGGUCAAUAUUCUUU